ACAUGGCGGCCAUGUGUGAUGAAGAAGAGCUAUCUUCUUCUUCAUUGGAGGCCCCUGUUCUUCCCUGGGAUCGUUUUAGACGAUGGAUAACAUGCUUUUGUGUGGUAACGUUUGAUAUUGAAGUAGGACAAGCAAUGGAGAUGAUUUAUCCUAGCCACAUUGAAUUAACAGAGAAAGAGAAAACCAAUAUAUGCUAUCUUGCAUUUCCUGAUUCAAAUUCAGGAUGCAUGGGAGAUACUGAUUUCCACUUCAGAAUAAGAUGUAGUCCACAAACUGCUGGAAAGACAUCAUCAUGUAGAAAACAUGAACUUGAAGUUCCUUUAGGAUUCAGAAGUGAUCCAGCACAUUUUUAUGGCUUUGUUUAUUUUCGGCAAGUAAAAGAUCCCACUAUACAGCGUGGAUAUUUUCAAAAGUCAUUAGUAUUACUGUCCAGGCUUCCAUAUGUUAACCUAUUCACUGAAGUGGUCAAAAUCAUGGCUCCUGGAUUUUUUGAGAAUGGAGUGCUUUCUUUAGAAGCAGCUUGUCACAAUAUUGACCAAUGGCCAGCACCUGAUGGAGGUCACACUAUUCAGUUACCCCUGAUGGGGACUGUUCUUCAGGUAAGAGUACCAUCAAGAAGAGAUAAGCCUGGUGCUGUAUCGUCACCCGAUGGUCCAAUCAAUAUCAAUCUCAUGUCUCCAAUACCAAGUCCUAAAGUCAUUCCAACACUCAAUGAACCUGACAUCUUUAAGAGCCUGCAGCCUGUUCUGGCUCAUGUCCAUCUUCUCUGGGAACUUGUUCUGGUCAAUGAGCCUAUUGUAGUAAUGGCCCCCACACCAAGUAUGUGCUCCAGAACAGUCCAGGCUCUUGCCAAUUUAAUAUCGCCGCUAUACUACUGCUCAGACUACAGGCCGUUCUUUACCAUACAUGAUAGUGAAUUCAAGGAAUACACUACAAGAACACAGGCCCCUCCAACUGUUAUUCUUGGUGUAACAAAUCCCUUCUUUGCWAAAACUCUGCAACACUGGCCACAUGUUGUAAGAGUAGGGGAGAUGUCCAACUUAGUAAUAUCAAACAGAAAAUCACCAGCAAUUGGUCAAUCCAACAAACGAACCAUGUCGUCAAAGCCAGGUAUAUACACCAAGUAUAAACCAAUGCUAACUAGAGAUAAAACAAUUCUAAGAAAGCUAAGCAAGGGCAACCAUCCAAAGAGACCACCAGAGGUGCAGAAUGCAAUCCUACGACGACACAUGGUUGAACUAACACAAAGUUUUAUGAUUCCACUGGAACGUUAUGUUGCAAGUUUGAUGCCCCUUCAGAAAAGUAUUUCACCAUGGAAACGACCGCCACGAUUAAAGCCAUUUGAUGUCGAGGAAUUCUUGGGGACGUUGGAUCAGGCUGGUCCACAACUGACAUCAAAACACAAGGGGAACUGGAUUCUACUUUAUCGACRAUUCUUCAAAAGCCCAAACUUUGAAGGAUGGCUUUUGCAUAGACAAAGAGAAAUUGUGCAAAAACUCAAGGUUCUCCACCUAGAGGCAUUGGGCUUAGCAGAUGUGUCUUCAUGGACUCAAGAAAAAAGUGAAGUAGAAAAAGUAGACUUAUAUCUUCAAAUUAAGGAAAAACUU